AAUCCACCAUCGACCGUGCUUGGUAAAUCAAAGUCCAAUUCAAACCUCGCUUGCAACUUCUCGACACAUUGGAGGAAUUCUGGAAGGUCAUCAUACCCCGGCUAGUGGCGUUCUUUUCCCCGCUUUCCUCUUCCUAGGUCACUUUGACUGAUCUGAGUACUCUUGGCAAACACGACGCUGCCCUUUGGAGGGUCCUCAGGGACCAGAACUAUUAUUGAAAGCGUAUCACCUUCGGAGGAGACCUCGUUGUUUAGGGCGAGCCCGAAACGCGGCUGACAUGCGGAGAUGUGACGCAACGUCCCCGUCCGUUUUAAAAGCUACUUGCACCCGUACCAUGGAACGAAGCCUCCUUCCAGCUCUUUCUUCUUUGCCAAUCCCAGAGACGAGAACAUGUGCCGAAAUAUCAUGGAUGGCAGAUACUUUUCAACAUGCGGGCACUUCACGUCGAUGGCAACAAGGCUUCAAGACUGCUUCUCACCCACGUGCGUCUUUAGUGGGAGACACCCAUUAGGUUGCAAGGACCGCCGAUGUUGUAACAUGAUGACCCCUCCAGCCCAAAACCCCAUCCGUAUCAGCCCAGGGAAGUGCGCCGCUUGUUUGGAGACGCCAAUAUUUGGCAUGCAGAAAAUUUGAAGUUCUUCCACCCAAUUAUGAGCCGUCAUUCAAAUCACCAGAAACAUCUUGCACUAAGUUAUAGACUCGGACUGUAGAAACCAUUUUUGUAAAUUGUAAUCCCGAUACGACGGGUACUUUUGUAUACAUGAUAUC